CGGCCCUCCUAAUCCGUUACUCCCCGCUCUCUCGCUCCGCUCUCUCUCUCUUUUCCCCUCCGCCUCCGGGCCUCCGCCAUUCCCAAAGCACGCUCCGCUUUCCUUUUGUUUACUCCUCUUCCGCGAAUCCGCAUCCUCCUCGCGUUCCCCCCCUUUCCGCCCAUGCGGAUCCGCCUCCUCGCAUCCGCCGUCGUCGCCCGAAUCUGAUCCGGGCGUCCCGAGUUAGGGAUGGGGCCAGAAGGGGAGGAGGGGGCUGUGGAGGAGGCCACGGGGUUCGAGGUGGGCAUCGUGGUGCCCAAGCUCUCCCGCGCCGCCGCGGCGGGGGCCACCGAGGACUGCGUGGCGCGGCUGGUGCGAGAGCUCGAGGGCGCCGGCCUGCUCGUCGAGCGCGUCCGCGGCGUCCCCGCUGAGUUCAUCAAGCUAUCUGCACCAAUGGGGACCCUGGGGAGAGCUGCUGCUGAGAUGCAGAUGAAGAAGCUAACCUACAUCGGAAUGGAGCUUCAGUUUGAAUGGGACCAGGUCGCAGCAUUCGUUAGGCAGCCAGAUGGUUCCCUGUUCAGCUGGAGAGAACGCUAUUGCUGCUUCCGCUACUUGAUAUAUGGCAUUGUGAACAAGUCAAACUCUGAAAUCGCUCUUAAAUUUGAUAAUAAGGAGUUCCACUGGAAGCAAAGUGAGUCCUUAUUGACAAGGCUGGAAGCUGAAGGAGUUGUAAAGCUAAUAUUCCCUUUGCAUGAUGAAAUUAAAAGGAAGCAACUCCUGAGAAACUGGGCUCUUAACUGGCUUGAAUUCACAUGGCAACCCAUCGAUGAGAUUUACUCCUACUUUGGAACAAAGAUUGCAACAUACUUUGCGUUCCUAGGAAUGUAUACGCGAUGGCUUUUCUUCCCAGCUGUUUUCGGACUGACAACUCAACUCAUAGAUUUCGGGUCAUUGCAGUGGUUGGUUCUUCCUGCUUUCUUUAUCUUUGUUAUUUCUUGGGCCGUCUUCUUUCUGCAGUUUUGGAAACGGAAGAAUUCAGCACUUCUUGCAAGAUGGGGUAUUAAUUGUUCACUAUCUGAAUACAAAAAUCUGGGCAAUGACCUCAGCUUCUUGAGUGACUCUCUUACUGUUGAGGAAAAGAAAUUUUGUGACGUGUCUGCUGAGAAAAGUAAGUUACAAAGGAACGAAUGGUUCGGAGUCCUCCUUAGAAUAAGAAACAAUGCUAUCAUUGUGCUGGCUAUCAUUUGUCUUCAGCUACCAUUUGAGUUGGCCUAUGCUCAUCUAUAUGAGAUUACGGAAACUGAGGCUAUGAGGUAUUUGUUGACUGCAGUAUAUCUUGUUGCAAUUCAAUAUUACACCAGAAUUGGUGGCAAGGUGUCUGUCAAUUUGAUAAAGUACGAAAACAACCAAGGAGAAGAGUCGAGUUCCGCUAGUUUAGUUUAUAAGGUCUUUGGCCUUUACUUUAUGCAGUCAUAUAUUGGGUUAUUUUACCAUGCUUCUUUGUAUCGUGAUAUACUGGCCCUUCGGCAAGUCCUCAUCCAGCGUCUCAUUGUGUCCCAGGUAUUGGAAAAUCUGAUUGAGAAUUCCAUUCCUUACCUCAAGUACAGUUACAAAAAGUACAUAGCUGUUCACAAGAAAAAACAUGAGAAAGAAUCACCGAUGGGUAGGUCAGUCCGAUUAUCAACAAGAGUGGAGAAAGAGUAUUUAAAACCCUCUUAUACUGCAAGCAUUGGAGCAGAACUGGAAGAUGGUUUAUUUGAUGACUUUCUGGAGCUGACUCUUCAAUUUGGAAUGAUCAUGAUGUUUGCCUGUGCAUUUCCAUUGAUUUUCUGCUUUGCAGCUGUGAACAAUGUUACUGAAAUCAGAGCAGAUGCAUUGAAGUUGUUAGUCAUGUUGAAAAGACCUGUUCCCCGUGCUGCAGCUACAAUUGGAGCAUGGUUGAACAUAUUCCAGUUCUUGGUUGUGAUGGCAAUAUGCACCAACUGCUUGCUUCUCGUUUGUCUGUAUGAUGAGGAGGGGAAGUGGAGGAUUGAGCCAGGACUAGCAGCAAUCCUCAUAAUGGAGCACGCUCUCCUCUUAAUUAAGUUUGGUUUCUCACACUUCGUGCCUGAGGAGCCUGCGUGGGUGAAAGCAAAUCGUGUACGAUAUGUAGCUCAGGCACAAACCGUCUGCUCCAAACAACUUUUGAGGAGCAUUUCAAAACUUGACAGAAAACUGGAUUGAGAAACAUCAUGUACAGUUUAAAAGUUAUCGCUGAUUUUGUAGUUUAGGUAGAGCGGUUCUGUAUAGUACAAAGUUGUACAAAUCUAGGGGGUGUAAUAUCUUGAUUCAUCUAACUGAAGUGUAGAUAUUAGCUUAUUGCCACCUAUCUUACCAGUAAAUUGGUAGAGGAGAAUGCCCUCAAGUGUAAGACUGAGUGUUUUUUUCCCACUUUCAUUAAUAAUCUGUUGAGUUGAACGGAAACUCAGACAUGGUGCACCAUGUAAUGUGCUGUGGCCUGUGGGUGAUUUCGAUGAGUACCCUAGCCCAGAUGUUAUUUA